ACAAACAUUAUUCGCUCAGUUUGAAUGAUUUUUACUUGCAAAUACAAUAAUCCAUCAAGAUUUCAUUAUAAAAGAUGAAGGUAUUCCUUGGAAUAAUUUUGAUUAUUGGAUUUAUAAAACAAGUGUACUUACAGUGUGAGAAUUCCUGUCAUUUGGAUGAAGAAUGUCUUCCAUUUAUCAUAAAUGGAACAACACAUUAUAGCUGUGAAUGCAAUGCAACAAUAUAUAACAAUGAUCCAGAUUUUCCAUUACUGCUCAGUAACGUUCCAGUCUACUGUAGCCCAAACCAACUUGCUAUAAAACUAACGUCAUGCUUGGGCCAAAGAAUGUUAGACUUUAAUAUUCUUCUUCCAGAUGAAAACAUUGUAGACAAUCAAUGUUUUAGCCACAGUGAAGCAGUAAAUUUUGAUUUUACUGAAUUUCAGUUUAAUUUCAGUUCUACAGCAACCAACUGUCAAGCAGCAAUUUCAAUGAACUCUACUCAUGUAACCUACAGUGUUCCUGUCUGGUUUAAAUAUAAUACCACCAAUCAGAUUGUCAUCAUCUAUAAUGAUAUCCUGGUGACCUAUAACUGCUCUUACCCACUGACAAUGAACGCAAGCCUUAAUAUCGGUUUGAAUCCAUAUCUAAGUCCUGACCACUUAAGUAUUGCAAGAUUUGGGACCCAUGUUCUUACAAUGCAGCUGUUCAAAUAUUCUAACUAUACAGGAUCAUAUACAAUAGCUGACCUGCCAAUAUACAUAAAAGUGGGCACGCCGUUGUAUAUUGGAGCAAGUAUAAUGGGACCAGACCCACAACGCUUUUCUAUGAAGAUAGACUCCUGCUAUGCAACUCCAACGAGUAACCCAAGUGAUCCAAUAAAGUACAACUUUAUCAGUGACAGCUGUCCACUUCCAGGGUUUAUUACAAUCUCUUUUAUUCAGGAUGGAGUUGAUCUCAUGGUUUAUUUUUCUAUGAAGGCUUUCAGGAUGGCCAGAUAUUCACAAGUAUACUUGCAUUGCAGUUUUUCCCUCUGUGCAGGAAAAUGUCCACCGUCCUGCUCAGGUACACAAUGAACAGCUCCCUUCUGCAGGUCACGUUGGACAGAACCUGAGAAGAGAAGUUUUCGCUUGGAUGUUAAAGUAUGGAGAAUGGUGGCAGUACUUACUUCUACUAAUGAAAUUAAUCUAAUGUUCAGAAGAUCAAAAUGUUUGCCAAUCAGUUCCUCUGAUUUUUCAUUUAAAAUGUAUAACAUUUAUUAUGAUCUUACUUUCAUAUUCUUUUUUAUCAAUGCGCUUAGCAUAACAAUGAUAUGGGACAUAAGACUAACAUCAGUACUAUGCAGCAGCAUAUUGUAACACAAAACAAAGCAGCACGGAAGUGUUGGAUACAUUAAAUGGGAAGUGUUCACACUAAUGCAGUAAUAAACUAACUGGGAAAUAAAUUAUAUAACACCAGUAUGUAGACAGAAACUUUACAUAUGGGAAAUGGGCAAAGCAUCACAAAGCUGCUCCCAGAAACUAAAACAUGAUUUUUUUAAUCCACAAAUUAAAAAAAAAAAAUCUUUUGUAUUAUCUUGACAUAUUUGAAUACUAUUGCUUUUAAGCUAAUGCAAACAACUUGCUCAGCAUUUAGAUAGAGAUAUGGAGAAAUGCUAUGCAAACCCUCACAAUCAAUGAGAGUUGAAGAAAAAUAAAUUGAAAUAUAUGUUGUAGUCAUCACACAAAACAUCAGCUGUUAAUGCAUGUACACUUUUUAUAAACCACACACUUUCUUGGACCUUACUCCAUUGCCUUUUUAUUAUUACAAUCAUCAAAGGCAUUUGCAACCUUGAUUUUUUUUCAAAUGGAUUUAUUGAGUUGCUGUUUGUUUCUUUUUACCUUCAUCAAUAAUGUAUAUGCCUUCUACUUGCAAUUAUGCUAUAACCUUUUUCAAUAAUACAAUUGUAAGUUUCCUUUGAGAAGUUUGCCUUGAGUACCUCUUCCAAAAGGCCCAUCCUUUUAACGUCUGCUAGUCCAGUCAACACUUUCUUUAUUUGUUAUGAUUACAUAGCUCUAGAAACCCUUAAAAAGGAAAGCCAAAUGCACCAUCCACAUGCUUGUGUCACGAAAGUAUAAAGUGAUAAAGUCCUGCCUCUGACACAGGAGAUUCAUGUUCAAAUAAUGGCGCAGGUGUUGGAGGAAGCAGGUGGAGAUGGGUUGUAACUGAGAAGCUGAUGCCAGCUCAUCUAUUCUUGUGGAAGUAGAACCCAUUAUCUGAUGGGUUGUGGGCCACUGAGAUGUAGAGGCUUGUUUAUGAUGAAGAUUAGCAAGGAACCAGGGAUGUGGGUUGGCAUUUUCAAGCUGGUUAUGGUAGCUCUUGUUGUCGGUGUUUGGGAAUAUACAUUUGCAAGUAUGAUCAUAAAAGGCAAAAAUGUCAGCAGUGGAGGCUUAAGCCAAGACGAAAUUGUUGGUGACAGUGGUCUUCAUGUGUAGGUACUUUGGGCUGCUUGUUCAGAUGAUCUGCUGGGAAGGUAUAAAUAGCUGAUGAUAUCUUGGAGCACAGCUACACUAAGCAGUCUUUUUUCAUGCAUGAAAUGACAGCUCCUUAUGGUUAACCUUUGCCCAAGUUAGUGGUCAUACUGCCAAUGAUAGGAACCAAAAGGGCUAUGACUAAUUGGAGGGGUUUGAUUUGAGGGUUGAUAAGUGCAGAUGUAAAAAAUGCAUAGAAAAAUCAAAUUCACUGACACCUAAAAUCCUUUCUUGCCAUGACCAUGCAUACUGUAAGUAGUAUGAGCUAAGCACAGUACAUUCCAGCACAACUAACCCCCUCCCUUCAUUACUGAUUGGCCAUAAGCUAAUUAAAAAAAAAAAAAAAAAAAAAACAGAAAUAAGCAUUUUUUU